GGGGCCUCCAGCCGUGCCAGUGCUACUGGAAUCUCUUCUGUUCCUUGACCCAUGCAGUGAGCCAAUACAGCUCAGCAGGAGGCCUUGGAAGUGAGCCAUCACAGCUUCCCAGGUGCAGGUGCUUCACUCAGCGCACGUGGAGUGUGAAUAGAGCCUGAACCGUGGUCCAGCUCUGAGACAAGGCCCAUGACGCAAGGUUUCUGAAGAUGGCAGUACAUUGUGAAGAAGUUGCAUUUUGAAUGUGAGACUUGAAAGUUAGAGACUGCUGACCUAAUUUUCCUGAAAAUUAAAUAUGACUUAGAAGCGUUCGUUUAUGAACGUUUAUGAUGUCAUCAAUUGCCAAGGAACGCAAACUCCAGCAGGCUGUGAGCCUGCGAGGAGUUGACCCGGAAACAUGCAUGAUUGUAUUUAGAAACCAUUGGGCUCAGGUUGUAAAGAUCUUGGAGAAGCAUGACCCCUUGAAGAAUAUUCAGGCACGGUAUGGCUCCAUCCCUCCAGAUGAGGCCAGCGCCGUGCAGAAUUACGUAGAACACAUGCUCUUCUUGCUGAUUGAAGAGCAAGCCAAGGAUGCUGCCAUGGGACCAAUUCUGGAAUUUGUGGUCUCCGAGAACAUCAUGGAGAAACUGUUCCUGUGGAGCUUGAGACGGGAAUUUACUGACGAGACGAAACUCGAGCAGCUGAGGAUGUAUGAAAUGCUGGUCACCCAGUCGCACCAGCCCCUGCUGCACCACAAGCCCAUUCUGAAGCCACUGAUGAUGUUGCUGAGCACGUGCUCAGGAACAGCCACCCCCAUGGUGGAAGGGAAGCUGGUUGUCCUGCUUAAUCAGCUGUGCUCCAUCCUUGCCAAAGACCCAUCCAUCCUGGAGCUAUUCUUCCAUACGAGUGAGGACCAAGGGGCGGCCAACUUUCUCAUCUUCUCCCUUCUGAUCCCCUUCAUUCACCGAGAGGGGACAGUGGGCCAGCAGGCCCGGGAUGCUCUGCUCUUCAUCAUGUCCCUCUCUGCUGAGAACAGCAUGGUGGCCCAUCACAUCGUGGAGAACACCUACUUCUGCCCGGUGCUCGCAACUGGACUCAGUGGUCUCUACUCCUCCCUGCCCACAAAGCUCGAAGAAAAAGGCGAGGAAUGGCACUGCCUGCUGAAAGACGACUGGCUCCUCCUCCCGCCUCUCGUCCAGUUCCUGAACUCCCUGGAGUUUUGUAACGCAGUUAUACAGGUGGCUCAUCCUUUGAUUCGCAAUCAGCUUGUCAAUUACAUUUACAAUGGAUUCUUGGUGCCCGUCUUGGCUCCUGCCCUGCAUAAGGUGACGGUGGAGGAGGUCAUGACCACCACUGCGUAUCUGGAUCUUUUCCUGCGUAGCGUCUCAGAGCCAGCACUCCUGGAGAUCUUCCUGCGCUUCAUUCUUUUGCACCAGCACGAGAACGUCCACAUAUUGGACACUCUCACGAGCCGAAUCAACACUCCAUUCCGGCUCUGCGUGGUGUCCCUGGCAUUGUUCCGAACGCUCAUCGGCUUACACUGCGAAGAUGUGAUGUUACAGCUAGUGCUAAGGUAUCUGAUCCCCUGCAACCACAUGAUGCUGAGUCAGCGGUGGGCUGUGAAGGAGAGAGACUGCUACUCCGUGUCUGCGGCCAAGCUGCUGGCCCUGACCCCGGUCUGCUGCUCCAGCGGCAUCACUCUGACACUGGGCCACCAAGAGCGGGAUUUCAUCCUCUGGUCCAAGUGUGUGCAUGAGAGCGCAGGGCCCGAGGCGCCGCCACUGCCCGCCACCUCAUCCCCGUCGGCCUGCAUCGUGGAGUACGGCAAAGCCCUGGACAUCAGCUACCUGCAGUACCUCUGGGAGGCCCACACCAACAUCCUGCACUGCAUGCGGGACUGCCGCGUCUGGUCCGCCCUCUACGACGGGGACUCCCCUGACCCCGAGACCUUCCUCCGGAGCCUCUGCGAGGAGGGUAGCAGGAACCCCGCCCUCCCCGUGUGGAUGCUCCAGUACCCACUCCCCAGUAAGCCAAGCACGCAGCCGGCCCCCGGAAAGGACAAGGGCCAGACGGAGCUGGAGUGGGAUGAUAGCUAUGACACGGGCAUCUCCUCGGGGGCCGACGCGAACUCACCCGGAACCCCCCCGGCGCCCAUCGAUCCCCCCAGACACAUCCAGGAGAUGAAGAAGAGCGCCAUCCAGCUCUUCAAAGGGUCGUACAUCGAGGAGCUGGACUUCCAGGAUGACGUGAUGGUGUACCGGCUGUGUGCAGACAAGGACUGCGAGGACCCCGGGGAAGCCCCGGCCUCAGCCCAGACCGAGGACCAGCGCGCCCCCGUCCACAACGGCCCGCUCCCCAGCCCCCAGCCCGAAGCAGACCCAGGACAGGAGCACGCCAAGGCCAGCUUGGACCUGAUGGAGACCAUGCCUCAGGAGCGCCCCCAUGAGGACGCCCCUGCAGAAGUGGGCCCUGACGCACCUGCCUGUGAGGCCGAGCUCCAUGCAGGGCUGCCUGCGCUGGACCCGGAGAGCGAAGACCUCAUUGCCCAGUACGACCAAAUCAUUAAAGAGCUGGAUUCGGGCACAGAAGGCUUGAUGGAACAGACUCUCCCCGACCCCCUGCUUGGCACACAGGAGGGCGAGGAGAAGGGAGGAGAGACCCGGGCAGACGAGGAGGAGGAAGAGGAGGCGGGGAAGAAGGAUCUAGACGAGGAUGAGGAUGACUUUGACUCUCUGCUGGCAGAAACUCCUGCCGAGACCACGCCUUCCCCGUUUGGGGCCAGAGAGGAGACUGCCGGGGCCAGUCACCACCCCGCGAGGACUCAGGGCGCCCCGUUCACAGUCCUCAUGCAAGCCCAGCAGUACCUGCUCUUCCGAGUGGACAUGUGUGACAUGGCCCCCGAGUCACUAACCAAAGAACCCAGUCAGGAGGCAUCCUGGACCAGGACUAGUAAGAACUUUUUGGACGGUCCCCCCAAGGUGCUUCAGCCUUUCCUGACCAACAGAGCCAAGGUAUCUGGGCCCCCCCCAAACCUGCCCCUGCCGGUGCGGAACACCAUGCUGGCUGUGGCCCUCUUCCCGGAGUUCCUGAAGGAGCUGGCUGCCUUGGCCCAGGAGCACUCCAUUCUGUGCUACAAAAUUCUGGGCGACUUCGAGGACUCCUGUUGCUAGUUUCUGUUGUUUUUUAAAGUAGAGGUUCUUGUUUUAUAAGGUUUUAGUGUUUUAACUGAAUGUUAAAUGCAAAAAAGCUGCUUACAAAAAUGCCUACUUUGAUAUUUCCUGACAGUACUUGAUUUGCCAGCAGGGUCUUUCCACCUCAAGCUCUAGAGAAUGUCGGUCUGAGAAGCUGACUGCUCCCUAGGUGAGCUUCUUGGCUCCCCACAAAUUCUGUGGGGUUCUCUGUCCCCAUCAGGCGCUGCCACCCGAUUUCUAGAAGUGCCUGGGUCCCAGGUGAGUCUGUGGGGCACGGGUAGAGUGCCCACCACUGUGCCUGCAGCCCCCGACUUGGGCUUGUUUCUUAUAAAAGGGCGGUCCAGCCCCUCUCACCUGUCACCAGCACCCGUCACUUGUCCCUCGGACUUUUCCUCCUAGCACCUCUGUUUGGUCCAGUAUGUUUUACCUCACGGAGCAGGCCCACCCACUGGUUCCGACUAACUGCUCAGGAAACCAGCUGCCCUUUGGGGGAGCAUUUGGAAUGCAGGGGAAUGUUCUUCUCGCUUGGGAGCUUGCUUUCCUCUGCCUGUCACCACCCAAUAGUGAAGAGGGCCCGAGUUUAGCACAAAGUCAAGUGUACCUAUGCAAAGCGUCUCUGCUUUUUAGGCGUUUGAUCAGCUCUGGUGGCAUUCUUCUGCUGGGAGAGGCCUGGGGUCACACUGGCAGUGUGUCCUGAACACUGAGGUGCACUGUCCACGAAGUUCUUGUGUGGGGCGGGAAGAGGGAGACAAUGAAGGUUGGCUGCUUGCCACCUGGAAGCUUGCCUGAUGGAGGCAGGUCCUGGGAGCUCGGUACACAUGCAGACGGGGGUGGUGAGCUGUGCAGAGCCCAGUGCCCGCUGUGCUGUCCUGUCCCCGGGAAGUCUGCUUUCUGAGUGAUGGGGUUCGUUAGCAUGAUGUAUGCUCUGCCUGCUCCAAGGGCCUAAUUAUACUCAGAGCCCCUUCUCCUUAAGCCACUACCAAGGGGGAGACUCCAAGACCGACUGCUGGCCAAUGAGCAUCAGAGCCUUCACCCAGCUCCUUGCCCAGGGUCCCUAGACCCAGGCUGCAGUUGAGUACUUUAGUACUUAAGCUUGAUGUUUUGGAAAUGGCCAGGGAAAUUUUUUAAUUUAAGAGGUUUCCGGGCUCUGUUUGACCUUAAACAUUGUUCCAGGGAGUACAUGAUCUCCCCGCCCCGUCAUGGGACGGGAAUGCUGGGAUCUGACCAUGUGAGGACACCCAGGUGCUCAGAGGAACUCUGAAAUUGUCCCCAUUUUACUCGGCCUUAUCUUGGAAGCUGUCUUACAAGCGGGCUUGGAGGUGAUGCCGUGUGGUGUGGGAAGGAUGCACUCAGUUCACUGAGGACCCUCUCCUUAGCUGGUAGUGGUUCUGUAAGUCACAUGUAGUUGGCUCUUGGUCCAGGGCACAGGGGUGGCGGUGGCAGUGGUUUGUGGUCAGAAUUCAGGCAUGGACGGACACACGAGCUGCCUGGUCAGGGUGAGCAGCCAGUGGUGCCCGUGGCUGAACAUUCACCAGGUUGGCUGCAGUGGUCGCUCAGGUUGAUUUCAGGCCCAUGUAAAAGUCUAGGUUGCAGGUGGAUGCCUGCCCACCCUUGACUGGGCUGUGUCUAGCUUGCCAUCACCAGGGGAGGACCACCCCAGCAGGGUGGGCCACGUGUGUGCAUCAAAUGGCAGCCAUGGCCGGUCCCACAGUACAGGCUCCAGUUGGCGUGAGGGCAGCUCACGCUGAUCCUUCCUGACCAGCCCUGUAUUGACUGGAACGGUUGUCACGCUUGCCAGUUUGAAUGGACAUAUACUGCCACGUGGCUGUGACUGCACAGGCUUCCGGGAGGCACUGGACCAGCCCAGUGCAGGGCAGCCAGCCCGGUGCUGUUAGCUCUUCCGGUCACUAUGGCCACGGCUGCCGUAAGCCAUUAAGAGGGGCUUCCCAGGCCCCGGCUUGCCUGGCCCUAGCCUAUAAAUGACUAAUGCUCCGCCCCAGAGCAGCUUAAGACAGUUUGCCAUCAAGCCAUCUUUGUUCCACACCCAUCCAUUGCCCCCCUGAGGAAACAUCUAGAGCAGAAUGAAAUCGACCUCCCCUUUUUGUUUAUUUAUUUGCGGUGAGUGAUCAUCAUAAACCAAACGCUUCAGAGAGCGCUCUCGGGAGACUCAGAGUUGUUUGGGAGCAUUUGCCUCAGUAAAUCCUCUGUGCAUUCAGGCGGCUGGAGGGCAGCUUAUCCCGGCGGCUCCUAAGUGGAUCAACAGGGCGUUCGUUGGUGAGAGACUUUCAGCGAAGGUCUGCGAGGGCCAGGACAAGGCGAGGCACCCCUGCCGCCCGCUGCUGGCCUCUUGCACUCAGCCCUUCAAGGAUUCUGCCUCUCCCUCCAGCCGGUGAAUGUUACCCGUUUUACAAGAUGGGAGUAAGCCCCCCUCACUGUCACCCUCAUGCCCAAGAUGACCAACAGCUCCC